CGCCUGCCACGAAGUCACCGGGCAGAAUGCUCUUCAGCCACGGACCACAGGCCGGGGCUCCCCUCCCCCCCUGGAGAGGAGCCAGGAGGCCCCCAACCUCAAGACCCGGCUGCCCGACCAACCGGAAGCACGCGGCCCCCUCCGGCGCGGUUGCCGGGGUGACGCGGGCUGUUUACCAGCGGGACUAGGCCGGGCAACCGUGGUGGAUGGAGCGGCGGCGAGGGGUCUUAAGAAGCAAUGGCCACGGAAGUCCCUGUGAACGUAGCUCCCCCUGAACACAACACUGUUGGCCGCACAGCAGCCGACAGCUUCAUCUGGCAGCCAGACUCCGUAAACAUGCACCUCACAAGGCCCAAAUCCGCCAAGGGACGGACGCGGCCGAGUCCGCACAAACCGCAGGACGCGGCACCGUGCUCCCGCCGCACGCCAGCUUCUCUGCCUCCGGCCAUUCCUUGCGAGUCGCCAAGCAGCCAGAAGCCAGGAGCCUGUGCCCCCAAAUCUCCAAACCCGGGAGCUCCCGAGGAGAUCCCUGAGCUGCUGCAACAGGUGCCCCUGGGGGCUUCCUCUUCCCUCAAUAAAUACCCAGUCCUUCCUUCCAUCAACAGGAAGACCCUGGAGGAGGGCGCCGUGGAAACGGUCGCUCAAAAGGCCAGCUCCCUGCAGCUGAGCCGCACCCAGGCUCUUUGCCGAGAGGAGAUGGGCACCAUGAAGACAAGCAAAGAAGAUCCCAGAGCUAGAGCUUGUUCCCCGGAGAGGAAAGCCAUCGGCCGAACCAGGAGACAGGCCCCCUGCAGGCCUGGAGACCUGGAGGAGCCACCAGAUGGAGAGCCGAGGCUGCUGCUGGCGGUCAGAUCACCGUCGGGCCGAAGGUUCGUUCGCCAUUUCCGGCCGACUGAUGACUUACAAACCGUUGUGGCUGUGGCUGAACACAGGAACCAGGCCACCUACCACCGCUGCAGGAUCGAGACGAUGGAAGUACCCAGGAGGUGUUUCUCUGACCUCACCAAGUCUCUGCAGGAGUGCAGAAUCCCCCACAAGUCGGUGCUGGGCAUCUCGCAGGAAGAGGGGGAGCCGUGGCCCUGAGCCCACAGCUACCCAGCGGGGGUCCUGGGUCUCUGAGUGACAUGCGUGGGUGCCUCCCAGGCAGCUCGGUUCCAAGUGCCACGGGGACCUGGUGCAGCUGUGACCCUUGGCGCUCCCUCUCCAUGGCAUCUUGUUUUGAUGCAGUGAAAUCCGCACAUGCGCCCAGGGCAGGGAGAAGGUUCUCCAGAUGUUCAGUUCUUUCCACCAGGGGAGUGAACUGGCAGGUUACCAGCGCUGUUCCCGAGACUGCUGUGACCAAGCCUUCUCCUCCCCAGAGUUCUGGGUCCUUCCAGGAGCGCCUGCUCGCCUUUACAAUACACUCUCGCUCUCUUGAAGCCCGUGGUUUGCCUUUCUGUAUUUGAUGCAGGAUUAAACACUUCCCAGAGAGGCUUCCAGUCUUGGUAAAUAACCAGGGCUCAAAAAA